CGGGUAUUUAUAAUAUGAUUGUGGAGAGAAUACUUUUGGCCGAAUUAAAAGGAAUGCCACAGACUACAACAUAUGAGGAGAAAAGAAUUAUUGUUAUUGGCGCCGCUAGAUUAAUUUCUGAAACAAUUCAAGUACUGGGGAACAAUUAUUCUUUGAUAAUUGAAGUUAUUGUUAAUUUACUUGAGGCUUUUGAACACAAACCUAAAUCAUUAGAUACUGAAGUGCCUGAAGAUGGAGAAGUAAACGAUAUGGAAUAUAAUGAUCCUUACUGUAAAUUAAUGAAUGCCCAGCACAAUGAACCUUUUGCUGCUGAAGUGAUUAACAUUAAAAAGCACUUUGCACAGGCAGUCUUUAUGGCUACUCAAAGCAAUCCUGAAAGUUUGGGAUGUCUGAAUGCGCGUUUAUUAAGCUGUCUUCGUGCCUAUUCGGCAAUGAUUUAA